GGGGAGAGGGGAGAGUGGAUGGAGAGCAGAGGAUCAAAGGCUCGUGGAGCCCGGAAGAGGACGCCCAGCUAACGCGGCUGGUGGAGCGUCACGGACCCCGGAAUUGGACUCUAAUUAGCUCCGGGAUUCCCGGCCGGUCCGGCAAGUCGUGCCGCCUUCGUUGGUGUAACCAGCUCAGCCCUGCCGUCCACCACCGGCCGUUCACUCCGGCGGAGGACGCCGUCAUCGUCGCCGCCCACGCCAAGUACGGCAACAAGUGGGCCACCAUCGCCCGCCUCCUUCCCGGCCGCACCGACAACGCCAUCAAGAACCACUGGAACUCCACUCUCCACCGCCGCCGCCGUGCCGCCGAGGUGGCCGCUGCCACCAUCGCCCAUGCCACCCCCGCCGCCGCCCCCGCUUCUGUUCCGCUUCCCCUAGCCGCCGAUUCCACCGACCCCGAUGAGUCCGACUCGGAGUCGGCGGGCAAGCGGCCGUGCAGGAGGGAUGAAAUCAGAGGGAGCGAGGAGGCGACGGUGGUUGUGGCGGCGCUGCCUGCGCACCCGCCUCCGCCUGCGCCGCCCCCGAGUCCGCCGAUGGCGCCGAUCGCGGCGGAUCCGGUGACGUCGCUGACGCUGAGCCCACCGGGGGAGGGCGGUGCCGUCGGGGGCGGUGGAGCAGGGGAGCGGAGGGAGACGCGGUUGGACGCGGAGAUGCGGGAGAUGUGCCUGGUGUCGAUAAUGCGGGAGAUGAUCGCGGAGGAGGUAAAGAGUUACAUUAACAGGCUGAGAUCGGAGGGCGGCGGUGCCAUCCCCAUCAUCAUCACGUCCGAGUCCGCAUCCAACCGUCAGGAUUAGAUCUCCUCCAUCGCCGGACCCCUCUUUAAUAAAAAUCGUGCAUUUCAAAUGUAAAUAAAAUAGAACCAGGGCGUUUUCCCCUCUCAGAAUUGUAGAGAUCAGCACCAGUAGAACUGCCGUGGAUGUGUUUGAAAAAAGAAAUGUCAAAGGACUAGUUUUUUCUUUGAUAUUUUGGAAUGUCCGUCAUGCUUUAUUUUAUUUUAUUCUUUGAGUACUCGAUGUUUUAUGCGUCCUUUAUUUUUGGGGAAGGGACGUGUCUUUUUCCUAA